AUGGCUGCCCAGCAGCUGAAGCAGCUGCCCCUCUCCUCUGGGACGGGAACAGGGCUCGUAACCCUGCUCCUGACCCUGUCCUGUCUGCUGUCCGAAGCCCUCCCACAAGACGCUGGGAGACUCCAUCCGCCGGGAGAGGAGCCGGCGUGUGAUGGGCACCGGGUGGACGUCUGUGGGGUGUGCGCUGGGGACGGCUCGUCCUGCGAUGUGGUCAGCGGGACAUUCUCGCGUUCCGUCCUCACUGUGGGAUACCACAAGAUCCUGGAGAUUCCCUCUGGCGCCCGGAACAUCCGGAUACAGGAGAUGGUGAAGAGCAGGAACUAUCUGGCUCUCAGAACAUCGGGCGGCGACUCCAUCAUCAACGGGAAAUGGGCCAUCGACAGGCCCGGCGUCUUCUUCGCCGCCGGGACCCAGCUGACGUACCGGAGGCCCAACGAGAUCCGCAGCAGAACUGGGGAGUCCAUCACGGCCCCGGGGCCGACCAGCCAAGAGCUGCACCUCUAUCUGAUCUACCAGCAGCCUGGCCCCAGCGUGCUGUAUGAGUAUAUCCUGCCCAAGGAGAAUACCCUCAACUCCCAGCCAGCCCCGCCCUCUCACAUCCAGCCCCUGGCGGAGACUCAGGGUCUGUAUGACAUUGAGGGGCAGGGCUAUUCUCUACCAGACGCCAAUGGAGUGAACGGGGUCCACCCCAACCAGGUCCUGUCCGACCCCCUCUCACCGACCCCUAAUGGCCCUGGUCCCCAGCUCCACCCCGGGCAGCUGUCCUCCUACAUAUGGAGACGCACUGGCACCACGCUCUGCACCGCCACGUGUGGGACAGGCAGGCGUCAGGUGGUGUUCAGCUGCGUGGAGCAGGUAACUGGCACUGUGGUCCCAGGAGACCUGUGUGAACACUCCCAGCAUCCAGCCAGCCAGACUGAGGACUGUAACACCCAGCUCUGCCCUGCAUUCUGGGACGUGGGCGAGUGGUCGGAGUGCAGUAAGACGUGCGGGCCCGGGGCGCAGCACCGGCAGGUCCUGUGCCGCCAGCCGCUGGGGAACGGCAGUGUGAGCGCUGUGGGGCCGCGGCACUGCCGCCACCUGGAGCAGCCCGAGACCACCUCCUCCUGCCAGCUGAAGAUCUGCAGUGAGUGGCAAAUCCGCUCUGAGUGGACCCCGUGCUCGGUGCCGUGUGGCGUGGGCCAGCACACCCGGGACGUGCGGUGCGUGGAUAACCUGGGGGACGUGGUGACGGACGAGGAGUGCAACAUGCAGAUGCGGCCGGAGGACGUGCAGAACUGUGACAUGGGGCCCUGCUCCCGCAGCUGGUUCUUCACCCGCUGGAGCGACAGGUGCUCGGCAGAGUGUGGGGAGGGCCGGCGCAGCAGGACGGUGGUGUGCCUGCUGAACCACAUCAGCAGCCUGCCUCUGGACGGUUGCGGGGACGAGAGGCCCGAGGAGCUGACACCCUGCGACAUCGGCCCCUGCCAGCACAGGCUGGAGUGGUACACCGGCCCCUGGGGCCAGUGUUCCUCAGAGUGCGGGAACGGCACCCAAAGCCGCAGCGUGGUGUGUCUGCUGCAUAGCAACGGCAGCCUGGAGGUGACCGCCCCCUCCAACUGCUCCCACCUGCCCCGUCCCCCUGACACCCAGACCUGUCACCUGAAGAGGUGCGGGGCCAAGUGGUUCGUCACCGAGUGGAGUGCAUGCUCUCGGUCAUGUGACACAGGGUACCGGGUGAGAGAGGUGCGCUGCAUGACGGACGACAUGACCCAGAGCAGCGGCUGCGACCCCUCCCUGACCCCCGACGACCGCGAGGAGUGCAACACACACCCGUGUGUCCCCGAAAUCGACGCGAAGUGCCAGGACAUGUACUACAACUGCAACGUGGUGGUGCAGGCGCGUCUGUGCGUGUACUCCUACUACAGGACGGCCUGCUGCGUCUCCUGCACGCGCGUCGGCCAGAGAGAGGCCCGGCUCUCCGGGAGGUGACUCCGCCCACCCUGCAGGACCGCCGG